UACAGGUAAAGUUUUAAGAGAACAAACCACAUCACUCCAAUGGAGUAUUAAAUACUCUCAUCUCUCUCUCACCAAUUUCCAUUAUUUCUAUAUACUCACAUUCAAAGCUAAUUGCAACACAUCCUCCAAAUUCCAACCUAUAUUUCUCUCUCUCUCUCUCUCCUUUAAUGUAAAUUACCAUUUCUCAAACUGACAAAAAAUGGAGGGAGUAUCAACUAGGGUUUACAGAGGAUUAAAGGGUUACUGGAGGAGAAGAGGUUAUCAGAAGUUGAAUCGGGUCGACUUAUCAACCGAAGGUUCGACCCGAAAGAGAAAGUUCUGGAAGAUAAAGCUAACCCCCAAAUUGAAGCUGAAGAUUAAUUUUAAACGGUUUUCGCUGAAGAAGCUUCUUAUUGGGCUGCGUGAUGCUUAUGUGACAGCGAUGCUGAGGGUUGCGAACACUCGGGGAUUCGGCGGCGAAUACGGCGGCGGAAUCGACGGAUUUGGGCUGCGGCGGGUUAAGGAGUACGAUGAGAAAGUUCUGGUGGAGAUCUACAAGUCUAUGAUAAUUGCUCAAGGAAAAUUAGCUCCUCGUGAUGUUGCUGCUAAUGCUAAAAUUGGACCUGACAUUAAUCUAAACGGUAAUUGAUUGAUUAAUCUUACUUAAAGAUAAGAUUAUACUGGGAUUUAAUAGUAAUAAUACAUUCUGUAUUCAUCUUCCUUUUGAGGUUUAUAUGGUUAGAAAUCUACACUAAUUGCCCCCAAA